CAACUGGUCACACUGCUUAGAACACGUACUUUACUGGGGAUGCAUCGGGGUUUAUAAACUUUAUACUAAAGCAGCUACAUAACACAAUGACCCCCACGUAGCGAUUGAAGAAUUACGCCACACAGGCCUGGAUUAGCGUGGGUUAUGUUUGCAUGUAUACACAUUGAACGGGACCUCAAGAAGCAACAGGAGGCCAGUAGCAAUCGCCAGCGAUCCUUCACAAACCGCAGGCCAAUCCCACCAUGAUUGAAGUGAUCUGCUUACUGCUGGGCAAACUCCUGCUACUCCUGGUCGGCGCCUACGAGCUACUGCGGCGACAGCAGCAGACACUUUAUGCGCUGGUACGCGGGUCAUAUGACUUUUGUCGCGGAAAAGAUGCGCGUGAGCGGCACGAGCGCCGCCUACUAGCCGAGUGCAAGGCAAGUCUGACGAAAGUGCCGCAGCACCUGGUGUUAAUCAUAGCUCCGGAUGACCACUACGUGAAUGCUAGACGAUUAAAUGCCAUUUUUGGCUAUGCCAUGGCCAUUGGCAUCAAGCACGUCAGUGUGUACGACAGGCGUGAGGAAAAGGACAGCUAUGUGGAACUGGAGCCACUCUGCCAGCCGAGGGAGGACCCCAGCGGGAGAUGCUACAUUUGGACAGCGCGAACAGUGCAUCACAAAACCAAUGGCCACACAAAUGGACACCACAAGAGGAGUAAUGGGUAUGCGAACGGUGUAAACGGCACGCACAUACCCCAGCUGCAGGUCUAUCGAAUUAGGCCCGCGGAUUGCCAUGCCCUUAUAGCAGAUGUCUGCCGAGAUCUGUACGAAAUACGGAAGACACCUCUGGUGCAGGACCUGCUGCAGAAGCGGGAAUCCCUCACCGAUGAGAUAACCCUAAGGCUGUCGCAACGGCUGGGCUAUGAGGCACCCGACCCUGACCUGGGCAUCAUAUUUGCACGUCAAACGUGCACCUAUGGUCUGAUGCCGUGGCAUGUGCGCUUCACCGAAUUCCAUACGCAUCACAGCGAUCGUUACUUCAAUGUGGAAUGCUUCACCAAGGUGCUCUAUCGAUACUCACGCUGCGAGCAGAGGUGGGGCAAGUAGGGUGGCCAAGCGAAUAUACAAGUUAAGUAGAUAAACCUAAUCCGUAUGUAAAAUAGAAACCCUUCAACUAUUCCUCUAGAAUGUAAGCGAGAAAGUUCAUAAUUUGUUCAUAAACGAAAUGUAUUUAAGAGAGA